GAACCCCACCCCUACACUUGUAUGUAGGAAUUGUAGCACUAUAUAUCCUUCACGGGUAGAGUUUUUCCUUGGUGGACUGGCGCCUUUGAGAGCUUCGAUCUGGGGAGUGGGGAGGAGGGUUUUUGAGUCCGGGCUGAUAUUUGGCCGGGAUGCUUUCGGAAUUUGAAAUAAUAUGAUCUCGUGGAAAUGGCUAUGAAUACAGGGGGAGACCUAUUCCUGGUUCUCACAAUGGGAAUGAAUCUGUGCUCAUCAACGUUGAUGAAGUUGAAAAUGUUUCUUUUUCUUCUCCUUCUUCCACAGUUCGUUCUUCAAAUGUGCCUAUAUGUCACUCACAUGUGAAUAAUCAUUCCCUUCAGAAAUGUUAUUACUGGGGUAUCUGCCUUUGUGGUGAUAUUCUAAUGCAACAUCUGAGCCUGGGUUUUCUGGCUUUCUUAAUUGUGUAGAAACAUCUCUAAAAGGUUCUGAUUUUAUUGUGCUUCUGGUACCUUCAAUUAGAGAUUGCUUGAGCUGCUUGUGAGAGUAUGUUUGGCUGCAGGAGCAAUUACUAUUUUUUUUACUCUUCAAAAUUAUCUUCUUCUUAAGGACUAAAUGAGUGAUCUCUAUCACUAUACGGGUAUAUGCCUAUAUUACGAUGAUUGCUGUCACUUCUGAGUUAUAUGGAUAGUGUUUUCUUUUGGACUGUUUUCAGUCCCACACCAGACUAGACUAGUUAUAAAAUACAUAGAGACCGGACGUUUACCAGACCAGUUCAGUUCAGACCAGACCAGACCAGACCAGCAAAUUUCAGUUCAAAAGAAAACAUCCAUAGAACUCAGGUUCUGUGUUUGUUGGUGUGGACUGUGGACAAACUCAGCCUUCAUGGAUGUGAAUGUAACUUCGAAUCUUCUAGUGGCUAUUCCGCCUCCCUAUUAGUCCCUGCUUUGACAUUAUAAUCUUCUCCUGCCCAACAAUAUCAAAAGAAAUACUUCGUAAAUUACCCAUAAUGAGAAAAUGUAUCUCAAUUUUGGAUGUGGCAAAAAAACAGCUAAUAUUCCAUAUAUCGCAGUUUUAAACCCUUAUAAGAUCUCUUAUGACCCUCAUGCAAGGUCUUAAUGCUCAAGUGGUUGGAGUUAAUGAAAGACUUGUUUUAUAAUUUCACACAUAUAUUACUAUAUUAGGACUACUUGAUGUUGAAGCUUAUUAAAAUGAUAUCUUAUGAGUUUAUUGAAUUGGCAGCAUCAUUAUGACUAUGGGAUAUCUUUCUAUGGCCUCCAAAAUUCAUCAUCACUGUGCUACAACAUUUCUUAAUCUACUUCCGAUGGUCAUCCUCAUUUUCUCGAUAAUCACUUGGUAAGAUGCUACAUUUAUUAGUUCAAAAAAUAAGUUUGUACAAAGUAAUCACAUUAUUGCUUAUGUUGGGAAUUGAAGUGUAAAAAUGUUGAGGUUGAAAACUAUGACCAAAAAUAUUAUACUCAUUGGAAUGAUGCUCUCCCUUGCGAGAGCGUUGAUCAUUAAAUUAUACAAAGAGAAAACAUUUAUCUUAACACAAUUUAUCAUAAAAGUGCCCCUACAACAAAGUCUAAUUGGGGACAUGGAACUAUCUUUCUAGUGUGCAACUACUUAAGUUAUGAUUUAUGGUUCAUUAUAUAGGUGAUCAUUAUAAUCGAUCCACAAUAAGUUAUUCAUUAUUAGUAAAAUUGUAUGUUUUAAAUCUAAUAAGUUAUUUUUGCUUUGAAUGAUAUGAUUUUGAAGGCUAAAUUGUUCAAAGUAUUUUCAUAUCAAUAUUGUAUAACUACUCUUAGGUGCAUAUUCGCCACAUUUCAAAGCAUAGUAGUGGUUUUAUUGAUUAAUAGAACAAAAGUCUCUUGAAAAUUGGAUGAGAUUGCAAGUUGCAACUAAUUACGAUCCUCUAUUUAAUUUUUUUUGUCUUUCUCUAUUCAUAUACGGAGUAUAUUUUAAGACCCUAAGUAUCAUAUUAAAAGGUCAACCCCAAUAUAAGAAGUUGUUUGAGCUCUCUACAUGAAUUUGUUAUGAAAAAUCCUUAAGUUUUUGUGUUGUUUGAUGACACUCUGAUUAAACUUAGUUUAACAAACUUCAAAAGAGUUAUAUAUGAGUUUAUAAUUUAUAUUUUCUUGGUGUGUGAUGGUUUAACUUAUUCAUGAUCACGUAUUCACGACUAAUUAGAACAAAUCGAUCUCACAAUGCUUUAUUAUUCAAACUUACAAGGAUUAGAUGGUUCAUUAUUUAAAUCUGAAAUACUCAUGUUUAAGAAUAAAGGUUCACCAUAAAAGAACAAAAAGAUGUGAUAAUAGCUCAUGAUCUUAAAUAAGAGUUUGUAAAAAUAUGUUAGAAGGACGUGGGAUGUUUUAACAAUAGUUAUGUAACAUUAUUUAUAAGAUUAAAAAGAUUUUAAAAAAAACUCUAUGAUUGUCUUUGCCAAUUGUUGUAGGGUGCAUUAACUACAAUAACAACAUUUUGCUUAAUUUCAUCAGUAGUAGCAAAGAGAGGUUCACCUUAUCCUUCUAUUUUCAAUUCAAUGUUCUUAAUAUUGGUAGCCAUUGCUGAAGUUGUCUUUCUUCGUUCAACCAUUUCAUUGGGAAUGUUAAGUUUCAUUAACAUUAUCAACUUAAUUUCCUUUUUAUCAUUACAUUUUUAUUCUUAUGAUAUUGAUGUUCAAUAUAUCCAAUUGCAACUUUAUUGGUUUAGCUCUGACCAUACUAAGAUUGGAUCUGUUCUUGUGAGGGAAGAACAUAGAGAUUAAAAGUCUAAUUCUGUCAAAUAAGAGGCAAAGUGAAGCUCAAUUAUCAACAACUGAUACUACUUCAUUGCCAUCAACGAGGAAGAACACAAAGAUAAAAAACUUAGUUCUGUCAAAUAAGAGGCAAAGUGAAGUUCAAUUUAAAAGAAUUAGGUUUUUGAUCUCUAUGUUCUUGCCCCAUAAGAAUAGAUACAAUCCCAGUACGAUCAAAGUCAUACCAAUCAAGUUGCAAUUGGAUAUAUUGAACAUAGAUAUCAUAAUAAUAAAAUUGUAUUGAUAAAAAGGAAAUCAAAUGGAUAAUGUUAAUGAAAACUAACACUUUCAGUGAAAUGGCUGAACUGAGAAAGGCAUAUUUAGCAAUGACUACCAAUAAUACUAAGGACAACAAAUUGAAAAUAGAAAGAUAAUUUGGACCUCUUUUAGCUAUUGUUCAUGAUAUUAUGCAAAAUGUUGUUGUUUGAUUGUAUCAAAUACAUCCUACAAAAAUUGACUUAGACAAUUAAGGAGUUAGUUUAAAUAUCCUUAAUCUUAUAACUAAUGUUACGUAAUUGUUAAAAAAUCUGACAUCCUUAUGACAUAUUUUUUCAAACUCUUAUUUAAGAUCAUGAGUUAUUAUCACAUUUCGCUGAUCUUUUAUGGUGAAACUUCAGUCAUAAACAUGUGUAUUUAAAAUUAAAAAGUAAACCAUUGAGGGCUCGUAAGAUUGAAUAGAAAGCAUAAGAUUGUCAUGAGACCGAUAUGUUCUAUAAGCGGGAUCAUGAACAAUAAGUUAAAUCAUCACAUACUAAGCAAAUAUAGAAUUAUAAACUCAUAUAUGAUCUUCUUGGAGGUUGUUAAGUCAAGCUCAACCAAAGUGUUGUCAAAGAAGACAACAAUUUCAAGAAUUUUCUUCUUAACAAAUUAAUGUAAAAAACGUAAACAAUUUCUUAUAUUAGGUUUGACUUGAUAUAAUAUUUUGUGUCUUAAAACGAACUCCCUUCGUAUCACAAUAAGAGUCUCACUAGACUUUUCACGUAGUUUAAAAGAAUUUAGAGGUUUACUGUACACUUUUUGAAAAAGUAAGAGAUUUUUUGUUGUAACAAUACUGUUUACUUUAUUAAAGUAUAUUGCAGCUACUUUUGGGGUGGAAUUACUUUCUAAAAUGGAAGUGAGACACUUAUUUUGAUACGUCCAAAAAGGAAUGUGAGACACUUAUUAUGAUACAAUGGAGUAUAUAUAAAGAGAGAAAGAUGAAAAACUUAUUGAAUAGAUGAUCGAAAAUAGUUGCAAAUCCUAUUUACUUUUCAUGAGCCUUUUGUUCUAUCAAUGAAUAGACCCACUGUGAUGCUUUCAAUUGUGGCAAAUAUGGAAAGUCAGGACUCCUAUGAGUUUCAUAUGGAAAUCCUACAACCCCCCAAACUAUCUUUUAACGUGUGGUUGGCUUUAAGAAACCGGCUUCCUACCCAGGAUAGCCUCAGUUAUCUACACAUUGUGAAUAGGUGUGACCUAUGCAAGGGUGGUUUAGCGACAAUACCACACCUCUUUUUCCUUUGCCCCUUUACUUGUAGGGUGUGGCAGCACAUAAGGAACUGGAUGGGACUCGGGCAUGAAAUGACUACCUUCCUAAGUGCCAUUAAGUGGAUCACGAAGACUCAUAAAGGAUCGACGAUGAAGGCAAAAGCAGUCCGUCUAGCUUUCUGCGCCUCGAUCUACUAUAUCUGGCAUGUAAGGAAUGAGUUACGUUUUGAUGGAGGUUUGAAGACGGAAGCUGAUGUGAUUUCUAAUGUCAAGCAUGUGGUGUAUAAGAUCCUUUAUAGCUUAUACCCACACGAGUUGAUCAACUUUUGAUGGGAGAAAGUGAUCGCCUCUUCAAAGCCGCGAUAUCAUCUUUUAGGACUGUGUGUGAGCACCUUGCAACACCUUGAGUUUAUGGAUGGGCCAAGGGGAGUGCACACUAUAACCUCCUAUUGGCCGUUUCUCUUUUUUGGUUGCUGUAUGUUUUUCAUGUUCUGUGUGUGUGCACCUAGCAGCACUGAUUGGUUUUUCCUGUAUGGUUUGGGGCAUUUAGUAUUCUAUACGUGGGCCCCCUUUUUUAUUUUUGUUUAGAUCGAAUAAAAACCUCUCCUAACCCCUACACUAGGUAGGGGGGGGUGGGGGGAGUUUAGGAGAUUUAGAACCCUUUGAUGUAUAUUUUUCUUGGGUGUUAAUAUAUAUUUACAUUUCAUCAAAAAAAAUGUGGCAAAUAUGCAUGUAAGAGCGGUUGCAAAUACUGUACAGAGAUAUCUUGAACAAUUUAAUCUUUAAAGUAAAAGCAUUC